UUUUUUCCUUUUCAAUUGUGUGGUACUUAGUAGUAGUUAUACUCCACAAACUAUGUUGAAUUGUUUGAAAAUUAAUUGAAAAACUAUAGCAAUAUGUGCUUCAGGAUGUCCUGCAGUUUAAUAAACUCCUUUCAUGUUUCCAAUUAGGAAAUGGCAUUUAUAACUCAGGAACAAAAAAUGUGUUACAGUGUUAUCAUUACCGUAGCAUUUUCCAGAAAGCCAAACCCUUUUAUGUCUGCUUCAUAACGUUACUUGAAUGGAGUUAGGAAAUGCAAAAAGUCCUUUUUAGGAGACAAUCCUAGAGACCUGAAAAUAAACCACACUGGAUUCAAUGGCACAACCAUGCUGCAAUAUGAUUAUGUGUGAAAAUAGUCUUUCUCCUCUCCUCGUUUUAAUGUAAACACUCAGAAUGACAGAAACACUGAACAUAAAGGGAGGGAUCUUUUCAUUCCCCAACAGAACUGCAUUCUGUCAUCUGAGCAAGAAAGAGGGAUUUCCCUCUCCAGACCCUCCUUCUUCUCCCCCUCCAGAAAUCAGACACCAGGACUCCUAUUCACUCCCUCUUUCAGGGAAGGGGAAAAAAACCCAGCCUCCUCUUGGAGAGCACUUUCUUUUCUCCCUUCCUCCUUCCCUCCCUCCCUCUUUCUUUCUUUCUUUCUUUCUCUGCCUCUCUUUGUGCCUCAAUCAAUUCCCAUCCUCCUUGGCCAUGCGACUUGAUUGCUUUCUUCCCAUCAAGGCACCUUUAAAAUAAAAUAACAAUAAAGACCAGAGAGGCACAUUUUACUCUGCAACCCAAACAUGUCAUGUGGCCUCCAGAGAAACUGGAUUGCAAACUUUGCCUUUUGGGUUCACCUCCUUAAUAUCCAGGCGUUGGGCAAUGCUAGGAGUCCUCCAGCCGGCAAAUUUGCUGCCUUCCCAGACAAGAGGCAAGAUAAUUUUAUCAAAACACUGCAAGAUUAUGAAGUGGUCAGCCCAGCAAAAGUCAAUGCUUAUGGACAUUUUCUCUCAUACAGUUUACACCACAAUGCCUCCAAUGUCAGAAGAAAAAGAGACUUCAGAAGAAAGGACACUAAAGUGUAUUACAGAAUUAAGUAUAAAGAGAGAGAUCUCUUCUUAAACUUAACUUUUCAUGAAGGACUACUGUCCAAUAAUUACAUUCUGGAAAGACGUUUUGGCAAUUAUACUAGUGCAAAGAUUGUCCCACAACUGGAAAUUUCUUGUCAUCUCAUUGGAACAAUCUCAUAUCCAGAUUCCAGGAAUGGGAAGGCAGCAAUCAGCACUUGCAGUGGACUCACUGGAUAUUUCCAUCUGCCUGAUGGAGACUACUUCAUUGAACCAGUAAAGAACUAUUGGUCAGAAGACGGGGCUCAUCCACAUAUAAUCUACCAGGCAAACACCGUUCAAAAGGCUCUGCGGAAACGACGGGACACCUGGGCGGAGAAGAAACAUGCUUGUGGAGUGAAUGAAACUUUGAACUUUUUCAAACAACAAGAGCUUCGAAGAGAGAAAUGGGAAAGAAACCACUUGAUGACAAAGGCAACUUCCCGCCGCUCCGUCAGCAGAGAACGCUGGGUGGAGACUCUUGUGGUGGCUGACAGCAAGAUGAUUGAAUAUCAUGGAAGUGAGAAUGUGGAAUCCUAUAUUCUCACUAUCAUAAAUAUGGUGGCAGGUUUGUUCCAUGAUCCAAGCAUUGGCAACGCGAUCCAUAUUGUGCUGGUUCGUCUUAUUCUUCUUGAGGAAGAAGAGCAAGGGCUGAAAAUAGUUCACCAUGCAGAUAAGACAUUAGCCAGCUUCUGCAAAUGGCAGAAGAGUAUAAACCCCAAGACAGAUAACAACCCACUCCACCACGAUGUGGCCGUGCUUCUUACCAGAAAAGACAUUUGUGCCGGCAUGAAUCGUCCAUGUGAAACCCUGGGCUUAUCCCAUCUCUCUGGAAUGUGUCAACCUCAUCGCAGCUGUAACAUCAAUGAGGACUCGGGGCUGCCUUUGGCAUUCACAAUUGCACAUGAACUGGGGCAUAGUUUUGGUAUCCAGCAUGAUGGAAAAGAAAAUGACUGUGAGCCGGUGGGGAGACGCCCAUACAUCAUGUCCCGCCAGCUGCAAUAUGACCCCACUCCUCUUACUUGGUCUCGCUGCAGCAAAGAAUACAUCACACGCUUCCUAGACCGAGGAUGGGGCUUCUGCCUGGAUGAUGUUCCAAAGAAGAAAGAUCUAAAGCCACCUUUCAUCGCACCUGGAGUCCUGUAUGAUGUCCAUCACCAAUGCCAAUUGCAGUAUGGACCCAAUGCCACUUUCUGUGAUCAAGUAGAUAAUAUAUGCCAGACCUUGUGGUGUUUUGUGAAAGGCUCCUGCCGUUCCAAACUGGAUGCUGCAGCAGAUGGAACAAGAUGCGGGGAGAAUAAGUGGUGCUUCACAGGUGAGUGCAUAACCGUGGGCAAGAGCCCCGAAGCCGUUCAUGGCGGAUGGGGGCCGUGGUCACCGUGGUCACAUUGCACUCGGACUUGUGGGGCUGGCGUUCAGACAGCAGAGAGGCUGUGCAAUAACCCAGAACCACAAUUUGGAGGAAAGUAUUGUACAGGAGAGAGAAAACGCUAUCGGAUGUGUAAUAUUAAACUGUGCCGAAAAGUCACACCAAGCUUUCGGCAGAUGCAGUGCAGUGAAUUUGAUACAGUUGCCUACAAAAAUGAGUUCUACCAGUGGAUUCCAGUGUAUAACCCAGCUAAUCCUUGUGAACUUCAGUGUCGCCCCGCAAACAACCACUUCUCAGAGAAAAUGCUAGACGCUGUUAUUGACGGCACACCUUGCUUUGAAGGAAACAACAGCAGAGACGUCUGUAUUAAUGGCAUGUGUAAGACUGUUGGCUGUGAUUAUGAGAUAGAUUCCAAUGCAACUGAAGAUCGAUGUGGAGUUUGUCAAGGGGAUGGUUCCUCUUGCCAGACGGUGCAGAUAACAUUCAAUCAAAGUGAAGGAUUAGGUUACGUUGAUAUCGGCCGGAUUCCUAAAGGCGCAAGAAACAUCAAAGUGAUCGAAGUGGCAGAAGCAGGGAAUUUCCUUGCAUUACGGAGUGAGAAUCCAGAGAAGUAUUAUCUGAACGGGGGCUUCAUUAUCCAAUGGAAUGGAGACUACAAAGUGGCUGGAACAAUAUUUCAGUAUGGGAGAAAAGGAGACCUGGAAAACCUCACUGCUCCUGGACCUACAAAUGAAUCUGUAUGGCUGCAGCUAUUGUUUCAGGAGAAUAACCCUGGAAUAAAAUAUGAAUAUACUGUCCGUAAAGACUGGAGCUCAGAGAAUGAAGUGGAAGAGCCGGAGUAUUUCUGGCAGUACGGGAGCUGGACAAGUUGCAGUGUGACUUGUGGACGUGGCUUCCAACGACAAACUGCCCGCUGUGUGAAAAAGGGGAAAGGUGUGGUGAAAACCCUGUUUUGCAAUCCAGAAACACAGCCAAAUGGAAAGCAAAAGAAAUGCAUUGAAAGAGAUUGUCCACCAAGAUGGUGGGCAGGAGAAUGGCAGAAAUGCUCAACCACUUGUGGUCCAACCGGAGAGAAGAAAAGAACUGUCCUCUGUGUCCAAGCCAUGGGGCUUGAUGAGCAAGCAUUGCCUGCUGAAGAAUGCCAGCAUCUACUGAAACCAAAGACUCGCCUUUCAUGCAACAGGGAUGUCCUCUGUCCAUCUGAUUGGACAGUAAGCAACUGGACUGAGUGUACAGUUACCUGCGGUGGAGGAGUACGAACCCGUCAUAUCACCUGUCCCAAAAAUAAUGGAGAACCCUGUGACAUUUUAAAGAAACCACAUUCUAAAGCUCUGUGUGGCCUCCAGCAAUGCCCACUCACCAGAAGACCACUGAUGCCCCACUUCAAAGUGCUGAAUGGAAAGAUAAUCAGGAGAAUUGGACCCAAUUCCAGAAGAGGCCCUGCCAAUGAUUUGCCCACCCAAAAGCCAAGACCAGGCAUUUCAACCACCAGCAUUUCCACUUCCACCUCCACAGAUGUAACUCAGCCCGUUACUUUGAUGCCAACAUCAUUUAGCCUUAGGACUUCUUCCCAACAAGAAGACUUGGAAUUAACAACAACAAUAAAUAUUAAUUCUAGUAACUCAAGCCUUCACAAUGAUUCCUAUGUAUUUAGUGAUAACAGUUCACUGAAAAAUACCACUUGGAGACCUCUGACAGAUAAUUCAAGUGUUUUAGAUUCUACAAACAUGUCCAUGAUAAAGCCCUGUCAUUCUUCCAUGGGCAGUUUUAUAAAUAACUCCAUUUCCACUGACCCUAGCAUUGUGACCUCAGAAUAUUCAACUGAAGUAUCCAACAUAGUUUCUACUAAUACCGAUGGAGGAUCAAAAGACAAAGUCCGGAGUGAAUGGACAACACAACAAUCUUCUGUUACUACCACUGGCCAGAUGUCACCAACUUCACCUACACCGUAUCUUCCUGACACUUCUAGCCAGAUUUCUGUUAUUCCAACAGAAGAGGUUUUGCUGACCACAGUAGGUCCCAAAGAGCUUCCUGUCCAGAUAAAUACACCAGCAACAGCCGAUCCUGUUUCAGAACAACCAGCACAGUCGGAGGAUACAUUAACAGAUGAGAACAAAAUAAGAGUUAGAUCUUUUAGUGAUGGGACAUCUAGCUGGGCCACAAAAAGCCCAUUUCUACAGGACACCCAUGUUCCAACAAGUCAAGACAAGGCUUACAAGAUGCUUUUGAGGAACAGCUCUGACCAAGAACAUCCAGAAGACUCCAUGACUUCCCAUAAUGAGGCUUAUUGGAUAGUUGGAAACUGGAGUGAAUGUUCCACCACAUGCGGCGGAGGAGCCUUUUGGAGGGAAGUGGAGUGCAGCACCAAGGAGGACUCUGACUGCCAGCACAUUACAAAACCAGACCCCGCAAGAAGGUGCUACCUUCGCCCAUGUGCCCAGUGGAAAGCAGGCCACUGGAGCAAGUGCUCUUCAUACUGUGGAGGUGGAUUCAAGACUCGUGAUGCUUUUUGCCUUGAUGUGCGUGACAACAGAAUCCUGCGUCCGUUCCAUUGCCAGAUAGUAGAGCGCAAGCCACAGCUAACUAUGAGCUGUAAUGAGGAGCCCUGCUUCAAGUGGCACGUGGAGCCCUGGAAUGAGUGUCCUGUUUCAUGUGGUGGAGGGGUACAACAAAGAUCUGUGCAGUGCGUCAAUGUGGAAGGACACCUAGCUACCAAUGAGAGCAUUUGUGAGCACAAGGCCAAGCCCCCAGAUGUGCAGAAAUGCAACCUGCAGGAAUGCAUGGAAAGUGCAAGUGGACUGAACCGGACAGCAGAGAAAUCUCAUUUCAGAAACAAAGAGAAUUCUACAAAACAAGAUUCGCCUUGCAGCAAGGACAGGCUAUCAACAAAUUUCUGCAAGAAAGUGAAGGACAUCGGCAAAUGCUCCGUGCCCUCGGUGCGGAAACAGUGCUGCUCCACCUGCAAGAGGCCCUGGGCUGUUGGCAAAACGGAGCCCCAGAAUCCACCAAGCCUGAAUCCAUGAAAUGCCUGACAAUGUGGAGCACCAUCUCAGAAUUCAAAGCUAAGGAAUGUGAAUGUUAUCGAGCACCACUGCCUUUCCUGCUAUUUCCUGUGGAACUUUAAACCACUCCAAAUUCAGGGUUAGUCUUAGCAAACAUUUGAAACUGUGGACUUGCUUUUUAAAUAUGUUCUAUAGUAUAUAUAUAUUUCCAUUGUCACUAUAUCUAUUUAUCUGUUCUCUUGCCUUCCUCCUCCUUAAAAAAUGGCUAUGGUGCUACCUUUGUGAAUCAAUUUUAUCAUGUUGUGUUCACCUUUAGCAUGUUGCUGUAGAAGUGACAUUAACACCUUCAUCCUGAUCCUGCAAGCAAGAACGACAUAUGGUGAGAACGACAAGAGUCAGUUGUUCAAAUCCCUUGAUCUGUAGCAACAUGUUCAUCCAAGACAAUUUGAUUAUGUUGCCAAAUAGGGAUGGAAAAGCACAUGCUCAAUGAAAUGAUCAGUUUUCUACAAAUAUGUUAUCAUUGUCAUCGUCAUCUUCGUUCCCAUCUAUUUAUUUGUAUGCUACUAUACUUGUAAGAUUGUGUCCAAAGAAGCUUAGAACAUUUCAAAGGAAAACAGUGAAGAUAACUGUGCCUAAAAAACAACAGAUUCCAAAAUCCACAAAACGGUGAUACAGUCACUCAAUAAAUACACUUCUUCUUAAAGCAAUAGAAAUAAACCAGCUGUUUCAGGGAUACUAAAAUCUAAUGCAGAAUUUUUUUUAAAUGAAUACAAAGUCAAACAAAACAGAGACAAUAGUUUCAUGGCACUAUACAUUAAAAUUAUUACACUUGGUAACAUUCCAGAAACAUGAGGGCCUCCUUGGCCAGUUGGUCAUAUCUCCUUUCCAGCCAGCAUUGCACUCCAUUACAAUUUCUCCCUCCAUCAUUCCUGUGGUUAUCUACUCCUCUUGCUGUUAGACAAUAUCUUCUUCCAUCUUGGUCCCCCAGCAACCACUGUUAAUACUGAACUUGUCACCUCAUCACCGUACCCACAAUUUGCAUUUCUAUGGCUAUUCACACACAGCCUGCCUUGUAACAAAGUUGGUAGCAAAGCUGAUGCUACCAAUUUUGUUAACAAGAUCCCUUCUCAAAUUGAUAUUCCAGAUUAACAUGGCUAUGUUUUUUAAACCAGACAUUUUCAAGAAAUCAAGAAGGGAUUCUUCUCCAUCCAUAGCCACACUCAUGUUGCAGAUUUCCUCUUAGUCCUUAUCUGCAUUCCCUCCUUAUCUGAAUUAGACUAUUUGGAUCAAUAUUUUGAAUUUUUCGACUUUCGAUAAUAGGGCUGUGAUAAUUUUCAACAGGGAAUCUUUUAUUCAACUAAAUUAUAUUUUAGACCUCAUACUAAUGCUGGAAAGUGGUCUGAUCCAAAGGCAGCAACUGAUAAGCGCCUAUAACAUAUCAUUACCCAGAUAACUUUUUCUUCUUAUGUUGAACCAUUCAACAUAUUCAUACUAAAGUAAUAUACAUUUCAAAUUGUACCCCAUUUUUCACUUUGCAUCCAUCCUCAACAGCAACAGUCCAAGGGAAUAGACAACAGACUAUUAUCACCAUGUUACCUAGUUCACCUUAACUAACAUUGUACUUGGGUCUUCAGGUAGGCAAGCCAUGUGAUUACUCAGUUAUAACUUCUUUCCACAUGUCUCAUCCAGUUUGGCCCACAUUAUAUCACAAGCUUAUCUACAUCGCAGCUUUGCAUUACAGUGAGGGCCAAACUGGAUGAGACAUAGGACUGUGUUCAGAUAUCCUUUCCUUGUAGAUGUUAUCAAAAGCAGUUGAAAGGAAUAUUGAGUUUUUGAUGACAAUGAGAAAGGUUAACCCAGUUGUGGGGAACCAUGUUUUAUCUAAGUCUUAUGAGUCCCAACAAGCUUGACGAGUGGUUAGUGUGGUUAAUAUUCCAACAUUCACCGAAGACAAGGAUAUCACAGAUCUCCAUCACCUCACUUACUGUGAUCCAAAAAAUCUUUUAAAAGUUAUCAUUAUAGACUUCCUCACCAUUCACCUCUGAAUUAUUUCUUACUAAUCCUGGAAUUUCCCAAACCUGAAUUUUGGAAGAAAGACCAGAUGAUUAUGAUGGUGCGACAGUUAUGAUGAUGAAGACAAUGACUCCCUGUGUAGAGAUUUUUCUCAAAGAAAAGUUGGUAAACUGAAGUCUCAAAUGGUCCUUGCAUUUGCUAAAAGUCAUUGGAAAGUUGUUACAUGUCUUGAGAGUUUCCAGUGCUCAUUUUCUUGAACAAUUUGACAUAUACCUCUAAGUGAACAGAGCAUUUUUGUUUUCUUUUUUGGUGCUGAAUAUGGUGCUGUUAAUACCAUGGUGCUAAAACCUGCAUGGCACCUGAACAUUCUGGACAUUGUGUGGAUGUGUUUAUAUCUGCUCCGAAAUUAUACUUUAGCUUGGUGUUGCUGUGCAAUGCCCAGUGUAUUCCUUUUUUUCAAAUGGGAUGGAAUGAGUUUCUCCUAAAUUGCUUCAAUUUGUAAAAUAACAGAUUUUUUUUGUAUAGUCCCUCAUGAGAAUAAAAAGUGUAUCUGCUUCUUUGAUGUUGGAAA